AUGUCCACUAAACGACCAGGUGGAACUUCGUUUCAACCAGAAGUGAAGCGCAAACGCGAAAGUGACGAAUUCGAGCAGUGUUACGUGCCUAAAUUCGAAAAGGAUCUGCCAGCAUGCCCCAAAAUCGACAAAACCGGCUGGGCCAGGCCUGCAGUCGAAAAAGAUCUUGGAAUCACCAAAAAUAUUGCAUGUCAAGUGCUAGAAGUUGAAACAUAUCAUGAAGAUGGUUCCGCGACAACUUAUGAUAGAACUAAUGUGAAGUUGUAUGGUGUAACGAAAGCAGGAAACUCGAUCUGUGUCAUUGUCACUGAUUAUUUUCCUCAUUUCUACUUCCAGGCUCCACAAGGAUUUGGAGUCGAGCACAUUGGAGUAGCUCAGUCUGCUAUUUGUAACAUGGUUGCGGCUGCCAAACGCAGAGGAGGUAGUGGACAAACUCAGUUGCCUGGAAAUGUUGUUGAUAAUCUUGUCCAUCUUGAAAUUGUCCAUGGAGAAAAUCUCUACUACUUCCGUGGUGCUGAUACCAAAGUUCCAUUCGUCAAAGUGACCGGCUCAACAGAAGCACUGAACAAAGCUCGUCAAGAACUGAAGAAUGGAGUCAAUUUGAUGGGAAAAGGACCAGUGAAUGUCGGAAACUUGUACGAGUCGAAUAUCAACGCGGUGGUUAUGUUCCUAGCAAAAACGAACAUUGCCGGGUGCGGAUGGAUUGAGAUCCCGGCCGGAAAAUGUAAAAUUCUACCCAACUCUGAGAAGUCGUCUCGGUGCCAAAUCGAAGUUUCCAUCAAUGUCAAGAAUCUGAUCGUCCACGAAAGCGAUGGAGAAUGGGCCGGAAUCGCCCCAAUCCGUACUCUAUCGUUGGAUAUCGAGUGUAUCGGUCGACGAGGUAUUUUCCCCGAGGCAAUCAAAGAUCCAAUCAUUCAAAUUGCCAAUCUUGUGAAAGUUGAAGGAGAAUCUGAGCCCUUUGUGCGAAACUGCUUCGUUCUCGGAACUUGUGCUCAUGUAGUUGGGUCCAACAUCAUCGAAUGUGUCAAUGAAAAAGUGCUUCUGGAGAAAUGGGCGGAAUUCGUUCGUGAAGUUGAUCCAGACAUCAUUACUGGCUACAACAUUCUGAACUUUGAUCUUCCUUACAUUUUGGAUCGUGCCAAAGUCCUUUCACUUCCUCAAGUUUCUCAUUUGGGUCGUCAGCGGGACAAGGGGUCCGUUGUCCGGGACGCAGCUAUCUCAUCGAAGCAAAUGGGUAGCAGAGUCAACAAGAGUAUCGAUAUUCACGGAAGAAUUAUCUUCGACGUAUUGCAAGUGGUACUUCGUGACUACAAACUUCGUAGUUACACCCUGAACAGCGUCUCAUACCAGUUUCUAUCUGAACAAAAAGAAGAUGUCGAGCACAAUAUCAUUCCUGAUUUGCAACGUGGAGACGAGCAAACAAGAAGACGUUUAGCUCAAUAUUGCUUGAAAGAUGCCUAUCUGCCACUUCGCCUUCUUGAUAAACUGAUGUCGAUCAUCAACUACAUCGAAAUGGCAAGAGUCACUGGGGUCCCAAUGAACUUUCUACUCACCAAAGGCCAACAAAUCAAGAUCCUAUCCAUGAUGCUCCGCCGUUGCAAACAAAACAAUUUCUUCCUUCCUGUGAUUGAAGCUAAUUCUGGCGAUGGAGAAGGAUAUGAAGGGGCAACUGUCAUUGAUCCGAUUCGCGGAUUUUACAACGAGCCGAUCGCAACUCUUGAUUUCGCUUCACUGUAUCCGUCCAUUAUGAUUGCUCACAACCUCUGCUACACAACUCUUCUCAAAUCUCCACAAGGAGUUGAAAACAAGGAUUAUAUUCGCACACCAUCUGGACAAUAUUUUGCAACCAAAUCCAAGAGACGUGGAUUGUUGCCAGAGAUUCUUGAAGAUCUUCUAGCUGCCAGAAAACGAGCGAAGAAUGACAUGAAGAAUGAAAAAGACGAAUUCAAGAGAAUGGUGUACAACGGAAGACAGCUAGCUUUGAAAAUCUCAGCCAAUUCAGUUUAUGGAUUUACUGGUGCCACCGUUGGAAAACUACCCUGUCUUGAGAUUUCUCAAUCUGUCACUGCAUUUGGUAGAAAAAUGAUCGAUAUGACUAAAUCAGAAGUUGAACGAAUCUACAAAAAAGGAGCUCUCGACGGAAAAUGCCCUGCUGAUGCGAAGGUUAUUUAUGGAGACACAGAUUCGGUGAUGGUUAAAUUUGGAGUCGAAAAUGUUGCGCAGGCAAUGGAAAUCGGUUUGGAGGCUGCUAAAGAAGUCAGCAAGAUUUUCACUCCACCGAUCAAGUUGGAAUUCGAAAAAGUCUACUUCCCGUAUCUUCUUAUCAACAAGAAACGUUAUGCUGGUCUUUAUUUCACAAAACCUGAAGUUCAUGACAAAAUGGAUUGCAAAGGUUUAGAGACAGUACGUCGUGACAAUUGCCCGUUGGUCGCCAAAGUUCUUGGAGUAUGUCUUGAGAAGUUGCUCAUCGAUAGAGAUCAACAAUCUGCUUUGGAUUUCGCCAAGAAAACUAUCAGCGAUUUGCUCUGCAACAAAAUUGAUAUUUCACUUCUGAUUAUCAGUAAAGAACUGACAAAGUCUGGAGAUAAAUACCAAGCGAAACAAGCGCAUGUGGAGUUGGCAGCACGAAUGAAGAAACGCGACGCUGGUAGCGCUCCUAGACUUGGUGAUCGUGUGCCAUACGUCUUCGUGGCGGCUGCAAAGAAUGUACCAGCUUACGAGAGAGCCGAAGAUCCAACAUUUGUUCUCCAAAAUAAUAUCCCACUCGACACAAAACACUACUUGACUAACCAACUGGCAAAACCACUUGCUAGAAUCUUUGAACCAAUUUUGGGAGAUCGAGCAGAGAAGAUUCUUGUUGAAGGAGAGCAUACCAGAGUUCGAACAGUGGUUCAGAGCAAAGUUGGAGGGCUCGCAGCAUUCACAAAGAAAUCGGCGACUUGUCUCGGAUGCAAAAGCGUCCUUCCGAAAAUGGAAUCUGAAAAUGCAGUUUGUAAGCAUUGCGAACCAAAGUUGCCAGAAAUUUAUGCAUCUCGACUGACUACUAUGCACGAGCUGGAAAAUCAUUUCGGUCGACUUUGGACAGAGUGCCAAAAUUGUGCUAAAACAAUGCAAGAUAAGGUCAACUGCUCGGCUCGUGACUGUCCGAUCUACUACAUGCGUGAGAAAGUUCGCAACGAGCUUUCAGAAGCUAAUACCGUUAUGCAGCGAUUCGGAGAUCCCUGCUUUGCACCGCCAAAAAUAUAA